ACUUCCGGUUAGGAAGAUGGCGGCUUCCUAGAACCCUGUGAUUGACUGGCGGCGGUGCCCAGCCUGCAGCGGUGUGAACGCACGCGAGCUUUGUGUCGCUGUGAGCUAACUGCAAUACGGCUUGCUGCAGCUCCAGGUUCGUUCCGCUUGAGGAGUUGGGAGCUGCGAGGUCCCGAGGUGCCACGCCGAGAAACGCGCGUCUCCCAGGGUCCUGACCGCCCGGGGCCGCGCCUCGCUCUAGUGCACAACCCAAUUACCCACGCGUUGUAGCCACGAGUGACAGAAAACCCACACACAGGCUCGCCAAAGCCGGAUCCCGGCGCCCUGAAGUCGCUGUCUCGGGAGGAGCUGUGGGAAGCCUCACUGUUUCUUCUCAGCCCACAAACCAAGAUCCUGGCUUCCACUAUCCCCUCUCCAUCUAAUCACUCCGGAGCCAUGGAGGUAUCCGAGGCCAACAGCCCCACCGAGGAGGAGGAGGAAGAAGAGGAGGAAGGAGAGGAGCGGACAUCUGAGCCCAGGCUUCACACUCGCUCUAACCCUGAGGGAGCUGAGGACCGGGCCCUGGGGGCUCAGGCCAACGUGGGCAGCCGCAGCGAGGGUGAGGGUGAGGCAGCCAGUGGAGAUGAUGGGCUGUCCAGUGCCCCUGGGGCUGGACCCAAGCCCUGGCAAGUACCAGCAACAGCAUCUGAGGUCCAGAUUCGAACACCAAGGGUCAACUGUCCAGAAAAGGUGAUCAUCUGUUUGGAUCUUUCGGAGGAGAUGUCUGCGCCAAAGCUGGAGUCCUUUAAUGGCUCCAGGACAAAUGCCUUGAACGUGUCUCAGAAGAUGGUUGAAAUGUUUGUGCGCACAAAGCACAAGAUUGACAAGAGCCACGAGUUUGCGCUGGUUGUAGUAAGCGACGACUCUGCCUGGCUGUCGGGCCUGACCUCUGACCCACGAGAGCUCUGCAGCUGCCUGUAUGACCUGGAGACGGCAUCCUGUUCCACAUUCAAUCUAGAAGGCCUCUUCAACCUCAUCCAGCAGAAGACCGAGCUGCCAGUCACAGAGAAUGUGCAGACCAUCCCACCCCCCUACGUCGUGCGUACCAUCCUGGUCUACAGCCGCUUGCCUUGCCAGCCCCAGUUCUCGCUGACUGAGCCCAUGAAGAAGAUGUUCCAGUGUCCCUACUUCUUCUUUGACAUUGUUUACAUCCACAAUGGCGCUGAAGAGAAGGAAGACGAGAUGAGCUGGAAGGACAUGUUUGCCUUCAUGGGGAGCCUGGACACCAAGGGCACCAGCUACAAGUAUGAGGUGGCACUGGCUGGUCCCGCCCUUGAGUUGCACAACUGCAUGGCCAAGCUGCUGGCCCAUCCACUGCAGAGACCCUGCCAGACCCACGCGAGCUACAGCCUGCUGGAGGAGGAUGAGGAGGCUGCUGAGGGGGAAGCCAUUGUGUGACCUGUGACCCAUGACAUCUAUGUACCCUCUCAUAAGGAGAAUGCACCCAUGCCCUCAUUCCUGGCCUAUGCCCACACUGUCCCCUGUAAAUUCAUUCUUCCUGAGAUAAUUUUGUCAUCAGAAUAAAAGUCAGAGGCCUUCCA